GUGCAAGUGCCAAAGUGUAAACCGGUUGUUGUUUGUAUGCUAUUUAUGUGUGCGUGAGUGUGCGAAGAAUUAUUCAGCACACAGUAAGCACGCGACGAAGUCACUCGUCGUCGUCGUCGCCGUCGCCAAAGUAACGUUACUGCCGUGGCUCAGCUAAGUGGUGGAAAGAAUUUCCACUGGCACCUACAUAAGCAAACGAGCAGGCACAAGAGCGUCUUGGCAGUUGGUCCAAGUACCAGUCAGUACUCAGCUACACACAUACAUACACACCCACACACACGUGCACGAGUGGUGUUAGCGGCGGGGCAGCGGCACAGUAAUUUCCUUAGCCAGCUUUUUUACAUUCUCACACACACACGCACGCACGUACAUACGUGCAGCGUCAUCUUCGUUUGUGGCCGCAGUGCAUGCAAUUCUUACCACAUAUAUGUACAUAGCUGCAUAUGUGUAGGUGUGCUUGUGAUUUUUGCUCAUUGCUAUGCGCCCGCGUUUGGCAUACAAAUGAAGAAAUAUGAGUGCGCGUUUUUGAGGAGCACAGCAGCAACAACAAUAACAACAAUUACAGCAACGUCAAUAACAACAAAAGCCAGCAACUGCAACAGUGUAAGACAUGCACAGUGGGUGCUAAGCGUAUACGAACAAUAAGAAGACGCAAAAUUCCAGCCACUGCAACAAGGAAAGUCAAUUGAAGCGCCAUAAAGCCAACCCAUAGCAGCGCUAAGCCGUCCGCCCGCGCGCCCAAGUCAUCAGUGGCGUCGUUAGCAGCAUUGUCGCCGUUGUUGUCCUCAUACUUAUACCACACACUGUUAUCCACAUCCUCUGUAUCACUUCUACGGCCUCGUCUUCGCCCUCAACUUCGUUGUCAUCAUCAUCAUUACCCGGUUGUGCACUCGCCACUGCGUCCGUUAGUAUAUAUUACUGAGUUCGAGUAUAGCGUGUGCGCCGCAGGAGCUGAAGCGUUCCAAUAUUGGAGCUAUAUAAGCGAACGUAGAAAUCAAAUCUCGUGUAGCCUUAAAUGAAAUAUUAAUAUUUGUCAUCAUUCGUUUGGCGAGUUAAGUUGGCUGCAGAACGUUUUUCCGCCACAAAGUCAACGCGCGCCACAGUGGGUGACUCGCCAGACUCGCGUUGACUUGCAAGUCAAAUAUUAAGUAACAAAAAAGAAAGCAAGCCUACAGCACGAAGAAGGGAAAUAAGGAGCGCAAAACACAGCAUACGACAAACAUAGUAGUACCCACUCAGCGACAAGCAUUUAAACGCACAACCUGAAAAGUGGAAAAUAAAAACGCAAAAACGCGAAAAAGCUAAAAUUUCAAAGGCAAAAAGACCCGACACUUCACAACUUACGAGUAGUCGUCGCCAUCGACGUCAGCGUCGUCGUCGUUGUCGUCAUCGUCGCCGCAGUGGUUCAACAGUGCCACUAGUUUUUGAGCUUUGCAGCAAUUUCAGCGCUUUUUCGUCGGUCGCUGCACACUUCAAAUUCAUAACUUUGUAAAUACACACACACAUACAUAUAUACAAACACACACAAAUACAUAUAUAUGUACAUAAAGAUAUUUGUAACAUAUCCGUCGUUGGCGUAAGAAGUGCACGUUGCAGUGACAGUUACAGUUAUAGUGUUUAAGUAGUGUGUAACGUACAUAUAAGUAAGCAACAACAACAACAACAAAAACUAUAAUAACAAACAACCACGUUCCUGUGCCUGUGUAUGUGCUUCAACUUGUACGCUUAGCAUAUACAUACAUACAUAUAAUUGCUUGUGUGUGACUGUUCAUCCUACCGCUUGCUCUCUCCCCCGCUCUCUGUGUGCGUUCGUGUGUGCGUAAAGGAUAAUCAUUUUCCUCAAAAUGCGUCUGCAAUAUCGCAACAAGAAAGCGACGCUAUGGCUGAUGGUCACCAUAGUCGUUGUCACCAUGUUCCUCUUCAAAUUCACCGAAUUCGCGCCAACGUGUUUCUUCAAGAACGACGUUACGUCGCCGGAUGGAUCGCUGAUGGUGCGCGAAGAGAAAUAUGUGAUGGGUGAAGAUCAAAAGACUUAUUCAUAUGGACGCGAAAUGCCGCUAAUAUUUAUUGGCGGUGUGCCCAGAUCGGGGACAACGCUGAUGCGCGCCAUGUUGGAUGCACAUCCGGAUGUGAGAUGUGGCCAGGAGACACGUGUGAUACCACGUAUACUGCAAUUACGCUCGCAUUGGAUGAAAUCGGAGAAGGAAUCGAUGCGACUAAUGGAGGCGGGCAUCACCAAGGAGGUGAUGAACGGUGCAAUAGCGCAAUUUUGUCUCGAAAUCAUCGCUAAACAUGGCGAACCAGCGCCUCGUCUAUGCAAUAAGGAUCCGCUGACGCUAAAGAUGGGCUCCUACGUGAUAGAACUAUUUCCAAAUGCGAAGUUCCUGUUUAUGGUAAGAGAUGGGCGCGCCACAGUGCAUUCAAUCAUCUCGCGCCAUGUGACGAUAACCGGCUUCGAUUUGACCAGCUAUCGGCAGUGUAUGCGGAAGUGGAACUUCGCCAUCGAAGUGAUGCACAACCAAUGCAAGGAGAUCGGCAAGGAGCGCUGCAUGAUGGUUUACUAUGAACAAUUGGUUCUGCAUCCCGAGGAGUGGAUGCGAAAAAUAUUGAAAUUCCUGGAUGUUCCAUGGAAUGAUGCGGUUUUGCAUCACGAAGAGUUCAUCAAUAAGCCAAAUGGUGUGCCGCUCUCCAAAGUGGAGCGCUCCUCGGAUCAGGUUAUUAAACCGGUGAAUUUGGAAGCACUCUCCAAAUGGGUAGGCAAUAUACCUGAAAAUGUGGUACGUGAUAUGGCCGACAUUGCGCCCAUGUUAUCGGUGCUCGGUUAUGAUCCCUAUGCGAAUCCGCCGGAUUAUGGUAAGCCAGAUGCUUGGGUACAGGAUAAUACUUUUAAGGUAAAGGCCAACCAGCAACUAUGGGAAAAUAAGGCGAGAAACGAGCUGCAUCUGGUCGAGCAUCAAGUACCCAAGGAGCCCAAAUCGCAGGAGCUGGACAACAACAAUAACAACAUCAACAGUCAGCGACGACGCUACGUAGGCACGAUGAGUAAUAACAACAACAACAAUGAGAAUAAUAACCGAAACGAUAAUGCCAACCAAGCGGUAAUGGACUAUGAGGACGACAACACUUACGCCAACACUAAUACCAACAACAACAACAACAACAACAACAAUAUCAAUAAAAAUGACAACCCAUCGCCGCAGGCGCACGACGGCAACCUUGUGUGGGUGAAGCCGCUAAAUAACGGCAAAAGUAAGAACGCGCAGCGUGCGGCGAAAGGCGCGCAUCACAACAGCAACAAUGUGAACACAGACACAGAUACCGACACGGACACAGACACUGACACGGACACAGAUACCGACACAGGGGCAGACACAGACACAAACACAGAUACACGCACAUGAUAUCAGCCGUUUGGCGACAUCGCACAGCCUCCACAAAAGCAACAGCAGCAGCAAAAACAACAACAACAACAAAGCAAACAGCAGCAGCAACAACAACAGUACCACCGACAACGGAUAGUGCUGCCACGUCGUUCGAGUUAUCGGCGUCGUUUGCGUCGCAAUCAUUGAACGGGCUUUUGAAAGCGCACACAAAUCCGCAUUGAUACACACACACACAAACGCAAACACCCACACCCACACUUUUAUACCUACAUAUUUUCCAAUAGACCUAAAAAAGUUAUAUAUCUACACACACACACAUAAAAAAAAUUGUAACGCGCAUUGAACUAAGCUGAAUGGCGCUGAACUAAAAUGAACUGAAGUGCACUGAGGUGUUGAUCCGCGGCCAACGCAGCCGCAUUCACUCUGACAAUGGCAAUGACUACUACGUACUACGGUGACAAUCCCAUUGAGUGUGGAAAGUGGAAAACGCGCAGCGGAAGUGUGUGCGCGCGCGCAGCGGAAGCGGAAGUCUACGACGACGACGACAACGGCAGUUUACAAUAAAUGAGAAAUAAACGCAACUUUCAAUUGAAUGGUUUGCUGCCAUAAUAGCUGCGGAAUGACAGCAGAAAGCAGAAAAAACAAACACUACAAAAAACACAAAUGGAAAAAUAAAAGCUAAAAACGCAAAAAAAUGUAGUAAACAAAGAAUGUAAACGUGUGCUGUGCGAAAGAAUGGCGAAAAAGUGUUGAAAAGUGUGGGAGAAGCGCAUGAAAGCAAAUUUAUUUAAAACAAGAUGCCAAAGUGAAACUCCACUUUGCGCAUCUGUGUGUAUGCGUGCGUUUGUGUAAAGUCAUUUGUUUUUGUUGUGUUCCAUUGUACUGAAAAAGGGUUGGCUUAGCGAAACGUAGCGGAAAUGUUAAACUAACUGUUGUGAAUGGGAUUAGCUGUGACGGCCGCACGAAUUUUAAUUGACCAACUGCGUGAAAAUGCCCAACUAACUGUUUACAUGCAUAAGUAACUGUAUAGGCGACAUACCGACCGACUAACAAGCGAACCUACCAAUAAAAUAAGUAGCAAACUUUUAAAUUUCUCGUCUUUAUUUCUAUUUUUAAUUAAACAUUUUUAUAUUAUUUUUGUCGCCGCGUAUAAGAAGGCUUUGUUUGAUGGAUGUGCUGAUUAACGGAAAGGCAGUCUAUUUUUAUUUUUAUUUUUUUUUUGUCAAAAUUUGGGGAUGUAUUAUUUUUUGAUACAAACAAAUAAAUAAACUCAAGGAAUUAAUAAAGCGAAUUAUGCAAGAAAAUGGCUGAGGAAAAUAAAAUUUAAAAAAUUGAAAUAA